AUGGCAGAACCAUCCACCGCCGAAACCACCUCCGCCAGCGAUGCUCAUCCGCCGGCGCCAGCUUCCUCGUCGCUCAACGUCCUCGGAUUAACGAUUGACGAGAACAAGAAGCCUUCUCCCAAGUUCUUGGACGAGCCUGAAGACUCCAACAUCCAAGCGGUUUCGUCCGGCGACACUCCGUACACGUCAGCUACCACCUUCGAAGAACUGAAUCUCUCACCGGAGCUUUUGAACGGACUCUACGUGGAGAUGAAGUUCCAUAAACCUAGUAAGAUCCAAGCCGUAACCUUGCCUAUGAUCUUGAAUCCUCCGAAUAGGGAUUUGGUCGCACACGCGCAUAACGGUUCCGGAAAAACCACGUGUUUCCUUCUUGGUAUGCUUAGUCGAGUUGAUCCAAAGUUGCAGGCUCCUCAAGCUUUCUGCAUUUGCCCAACCAGGGAGUUGGCUAUUCAGAAUACUGAAGUUCUCCGAAAGAUGGGAAAGUACAUGGGGAUUAGCUCAGAAUGUGCUAUACCAGCAGACAGUAGUGAUGCUUUGCCGAUAGCGAAACGGGCACCGAUUAUGGCUCAAGUGGUUAUUGGGACCCCUGGCACGAUUAAUAAGUGGAUGGCUUAUAAGAAACUUGGGGUGACAAGGUUGAAGAUUCUUGUUUUUGAUGAGGCUGAUCAAAUGCUUGCUCAGGAUGGAUUUAAAGAUGAUUCCCUGAGGAUAAUGAAAGGAAUAGAAAAAGUCAAUUCUAACUGUCAGGUUCUUCUGUUUUCUGCUACAUUGAAUGACAUUGUCCAGAAUUUUGUUUCGAGGACAGUCAAGCAGGAUUAUAAUACACUUUUUGUGAAGGAACUAUCUUUAGAUGCCGUAAAGCAAUAUAAAGUUCAUUGUCCUGAUGAACUCUCUAAGAUUGAAAUGAAAAAAGAUUACAUACUCGAAAUAGGAGAGAAUCUGGGGCAAACUAUAAUAUUUGUGCGCACAAGAAAUAGUGCAAAAAUGUUACAUAAAUCACUUGUCGAAAUAGGAGAGAAUCUGGGGCAAACUAUAAUAUUUGUGCGCACAAGAAAUAGUGCAAAAAUGUUACAUAAAUCACUUGUUGUCGCUCCUGUUGUCGCUCCCGUCGCCCCAAGUAAGGGAGUCGACAAGGGAAAAAGGAAAGUGGUGAACAUUGUUAAAAGGAAGGUCCGGUCUGCAGCGGACAUUCCUGCCGAGGAGCUUGCUAGGAGGACUGGCGGCCCGGUUAUUAAGGAUGUGCAGGAGAAUGCCCAGAGUUUGGCGGUCAACCCUUCUGCACCUGAAGUUAUUCCUCCUAAACCAACGUAUUCUGGAAGGAAGAGGGUUGCUAGCGAGGAUUUAAGCUCGCCUAAAGGAGCUAAAACGCAUGAUGACUUGGUACAGAAAGGGCGCAAGAUUGAGUCCUUAACGGCCGAGAUCAGGCGGUUGGGUAAGGAAAUUAGUGACCUGAAGGCAACCAAUAAAACUUUAUCUGACAGCAACCAAGAACUGAAGGGGGCUAGUGACGUGGUGCAACGCCUGUCGCAGGAGAAGGAUGACUUAUCAAAGUUAUUGGAUGAGUCUUCAACCGAGAAAAAGGGGCUCCAGGCGGCGAAUAGCCAGUUGACUGCCGAGAAAGCUGCCCUUCAGUCGGAGAAGGAUGCGUUAUCUGUUGAGUUGACUGGCGUAUGUGGUAACUUGCAUGCCGCCCAAGAGGAUUUUAAAAAAGCUUCUAGGCGAGUACAGGAGCUGGAGCUUGGCUUGCCUUCAGUUUUUUAUGAUUCUUUUAACAACGCCCUGAAUCAGGUUCAAUUUCGAUAUCCUAAGAUAGAUGCUUCGGGCUUGAGUGCCGAUUAUGUGGUGGAAGGGAAACGCCUGCUUCAUAAACUCUAUAAUGGCGAGACGACUGUGAUAGAGGAAGGGCCUGACUCUGAUGAGGAAGAGGAUGAUGUAGAGGAAGAAUCAGCCAAGUUCGGUGACUCACCUUUAGGCGACCACCAUGUGCUGAGCGGAGAGCAACCCGUAGAUGGAGAACCUACUGACGCCGUAGAGAUCCCGUCGUGCGGAUCCCAUCGUUGGCGAUGGUGUUAUUGGCAACACUUCCUUUGGAAGGUAUUGGUGAGGAAGCUUCAUCUAGGAAUAACGUUGAAGACACUGCUGGGGAGGACGCCACUGAGGGGGUCUCAAUAG